AUGGAAAGGGAUGUGCAUAGUUUCCUGGGAAAGUUGAACUACAUUUCAAGAUUCAUCUCUAAUCUCAUCGCCAAGGCUGAACCCAUUUUCAAGUUACUCAAGAAGAACAAUACCGCCAAGUGGGAUCAAACUUGUCAAGAAGCUUUUGAAAAGAUUAAGCAGUACUUGUCAAAUCCGCUAAUUUUGGUUCCUUCGAUGAUGGGUAGGCCAAUCAAUUAUCACGAGGCUGUGGAUUUCAAAUUCCUAGACGAAUAUAUUAACGUAGUAGGAGAUGAUACUGAGGGUCCCGAUGAUGUGUGGGAAAUGUAUUUUGAUGGAGCGGUCAAUUUAGCCAGUAAUGGGAUUGGAGCAGUGCUGGUUGCCCCAGACGGAAAAUAUUUCCCAAUAGCCGUUAAGUUGAGAUUCGGCUGCACUAACAACAUAGCAGAGUAUAAAGCCUGUUACAAGAUACGACAUCUCAAUUCAUCACCACACCGACCCCAGAUGAAUGGAGCUAUAGAAGCUGUCAAUAAAAAUCUCAAGCGAAUAAUCGGUAAAAUGAUAGUCACUUAUAAAGAUUGGCAUGAUGUGUUUCUCUUUGCCCUUCAUGCUUAUCAGACUAUGGUAAGGACAUCGACCGGGGCAACUCCAUAUUCGCUGGUUUACUGGAUGGAAGCUAUUUUGCCAAUAGAGGUGGAAAUUCCUUCCUUAAGGGUUUUAAAAGAGGUAAAACUAGAUGAGAAGGAAUGGGUUCAAUCGAGGUUAGAUCAGCUGAAUUUGAUGGAUGAGAAAAGACUGACAGCAGUAUGCCACGGGCAGUUGUACCAAAGAAGAAUGGCUAGAGCAUUCGAUAAGAGCAUACGCCCACGCAAAUUCCAAUAA